AUGGAGAAGGGAACCAAGUGGAACUUCAAGGAAAAGGAACUCCAAAGGUUUGGGCUACAAUCGCUGAUGGAGUGUACUCUUCCUCAAGGUCCAAGGCUGCUCAGAUCAGGAGCCCAGUGCUUGAGAUAUGUGCACAAGGCACUUGCCAACACCUUCUUUGCAAGGAAGGCACCGGGACAAUCAAUGAGGGAGGUCAAGCUCUUGACAUGGGAAUCAAGCCCAUCAUCUCACGCACAAGGAUGGCAAGAGGAUCAGAGGGAGAGAUCACACAGGGAACUGAUGCCUUUCCUUGACCAGCUCUCUCCUACAAGAUCACAGCCUACAACACUAGCAUCAAAGGGAAGGCUAAGUGUUGGAGGGUCAUCACACCUAUCUUGUGCAGCUGGAGUGAACAAGAUAGAAGCCACUGAACCAGGUUGGAUGGACAUCAAGUUUUGCAAGACCAACCUCUCAUUGAGCACAAGGAGUUGGAUGGGAGAUUCCAAUUCAAGUUCACACAUCCAUUGGCUGGCCCUCCAAGCUUCUCCUGCCCAACCCAGAGCUCACCACAGUAGUAGGGGUGAGAACAUUGACUUCAGACCCCCUGUGUACACAUUAGUUGGGCAUGAGGAUGAUUUGCGAGAAGAGGAGCCUGAGCUCGAUCGAGCUGAGGAUCGAGCUGAGAUCAAGCUGAAGAUCAGUCCAGGAGAGUGCGGAUUUGGGUGA